UUCCGUAGAGAACGCGAUGAAAAGUUAACGCAGUUGGCACAUUCCGUAAUGAUAAUAGAGAGUGGACAAUCUGAAGACAUCAAACAAAUUCAACUUCAAAUCAAUAAUUUGAUCAAGGAUGAAGUCGCAAGGAAUCUACGUUCAGAAUUAUCAAACUUAAGUGAAAAGUCUGAAAAUGAGAUGGAGUCGGUUCGUGAAGAUAUUUACAAACAGAUCGAAAAUCGUGUUAUGACUUUGUUCGCAGCACAAGUUGCCAGAACAGUACAUGAGUCGGGCAACGAUGAAGAGAAGAUCAUUGAAAAGGAUAAAACUGAAGCAAAUCAUUUGUCGGAAUCAGAUUUAUUGGUGGUAAGAAAUUUGAUUGUGGAUGCACUGAGGGUUUACGAUGCCGAUAAGACGGGCAAAGUGGAUUAUGCGCUUGAAAGUUCAGGUGGCUCGAUAAUAAGUACGCGUUGUACAGAAACCUACAAAGAAACAUCACGUUUAGAGUCUAUUUUUGGUAUUCCACUCUGGUAUUCAUCUUAUUCACCGCGAUCCGUUAUUCAGGUUUCUUACUUUUUCUUUUGA